CGCUUCUUCCCAGCCGAUCACUCGCAGAAGAACUUAGAAGAGGCAGAGUCGCCGUCCACCGGAGUAGCGAAUAACAGUGAAAAUGGCGGAGACUAAGGCAGUGACUCUCCGUACAAGGAAGUUUAUGACAAACAGACUUCUUUCCAGGAAGCAAUUUGUGAUUGAUGUGCUUCAUCCAGGAAGGCCCAAUGUAUCAAAGGCUGAAUUGAAGGAGAAGUUGGCAAGGAUGUACGAAGUUAAAGAUCCAAAUUCCAUCUUUGUAUUCAAAUUCAGAACUCAUUUUGGUGGUGGCAAGUCAACUGGUUUUGGAUUGAUUUAUGAUUCUGUUGAGAAUGCAAAGAAGUAUGAACCAAAAUACAGGCUUGUUAGGAACGGCUUGGAUACUAAGGUGGAGAAGUCAAGAAAACAAUUGAAGGAAAGAAAGAACAGGGCUAAGAAAAUCAGAGGUGUAAAGAAGACAAAAGCUGGAGAUGCUGCCAAGAAGAAGAAUGUCAAUGAUGCUGGAUUUACAGCUCUCUCUCCAAAAAAAGAGAAACAACCGAACGGACCACCAUUGUUGCUGAAGAUUGACGGACCACCAUGUUUACGGAGGCUACAGGGGCCAGAUGAAAUAAUUGUUGGUCAAACACUUGACAUGAAUGAGUUACAUGGAGACACCUUUACUUUUUCUUUUCCGGCAUUUAUGAAAGAAGAAUGGAGUUUCUCAACAACAUCAACUAAACCCCCCUUACUUCUUGCUCUUAACCCACAUCAAAUAUUUCAAGUUGUUUUGGUGAAGGCAACCCAAAAGAACCAUGCACAACCGGGUCAAGUACUUACCAAAUAUGGUUACGGGCUUAGCAACUAA